AUGGAGAAAUACACCCACAAGAAAGGUAGCCCUGUCGACGAUUUCGCCAAGUCAUGGGUUACCGAUCCAUCAUACCAAGAGCUAGCGGUGAAGCACCUGAAGCAUAUUAUCACGGAGGACGUGAGUGUCAUCGCUCUCAAUGCAGUCUUCGCAACGCUCUGGCGCAACAUCUGCAAUGACCGGACCCACCCCGCACGAUCUGAGUUACUCGACGCAUUCAGCUUACACGUAAGCCGAAUAAGGAACGAUGAGGAUCGCUCACGGAUGACGGAAUGGUUAGAGGCGUCAUACGACUACUCUGGAGAAGUUGCAGAACUUAUCAAUAGUGUCCCAGAGGCCGAACGAUUUCCCUGUGUUUGCCUCGAUCCUACCCUCACUUUCGAGCGCUCCAGUCCCAUUGACGACGGGAGGGGCCAGCAGGAGACGGUGGGUAUUACCAAGUUCACGAGGGCAGAGCUUCUGGAGAUAGGCCGGUCAUGCCACCCAGACAUCCUUCGCCGUCUAAGUCGGGUUCUAACCCAGCUGACUUACAUUGAGAGUCCAGCCGACUUGCCUGACCAUCUUGCGACUAUGACGAAUUGGGAAGUCCCACGGAUUCCCAUGGCUCUCGCUAAAGACGAUUAUAGACGCCGUUUUUGGCAAAUCCUACUGCAUGUUGUUGUCCCGGGUACUAUGCUGUCGUCUCGGCCGGCCUCCAUUCUGGCUGCCUUUGCUUUGAGACUGGGCAUCACACCUUUAAUUUCCGCGGCUGAAAUUGAGGUACUAGCUAUGAGAGAUAGGUGGAAUAACAUAGAAGCACCAGAAAUAUGGACAGUUUCGUGUAUGUCCCUACUCAUUGAUGCUGAUCGUAAGUACCAACAGCUGCACGCAUUGGAACAGGCAAUGGACGAUGCUGGGGAAUUCACUGCUGCAGUGGUCAAGCCACCGACGCUUUUGAAACCCAGUGAUCGAGAGCUUUUCGAGAAGUUGAUCGCUUACCGGUUUUUGGAGCUGAAUCUCCACACAACGGUUACCGCUCAGAUUGGAUGGAAGCCCGAAAAGACGACAUUGCCCAUCGGGCCUCUCGUAACUUGUCGGACCUGUCAGUAUCCACGAUCAGUCACCAUCAUGGGCUCGAAUGAACAGUGUGGCAUGUGUCUAAAUUCGGAGUUUCCCGAGGCGUACGGCGCUACAAAGGAGGAUACCGAGCAGACGCCAAUGACAUGGGUAGAAUGCUGCACCCCAACCUGUAGGGCACAAUAUGUGGUAUAUGGCGUCGACAAGCUACGGGUCCGGCCGAAAUGCUACUACUGCAGAGCACGCAACGCUUCAAAAUCUACAGAGGACGUACAGCACCCACUCCAUGAUGCGCCCUGUGUGGAAUGCAAUCGGUGCCUGAGUCGGAUUAUCUGGCCGGAACCAUAUCGUCCCGCUAACUUCUCUGAGGCUGAUUUUACUUGCCCAGCGUGUACGGCAGGCCGGCAGACAAUAGUCAGCGAGGAGACCAGUGCAGCGCAGCUGGCUGGAGAGAACACGCUGUCCUGGCUCAUUAAAGACUCGCUGCAGCCAGAAGGCCAUGUUUUCAGCGACCGCUCCCUUUACCACACCGUUUCAACAAUCGGGCCCGAUAACUUUAACUCCCGUAUCACACUUUUCCCGGUGUCAGACCCACGUCUCACAGUGCGAGGCAAGCUUGUUCGGAAUAGUGAGUCAAUAAUCUCCAAACUACAGGGUUUCGUAUCCCGACAUCGUUCUGGGAAAGUCGCCUGUUCCCUCUGCUUCAGCAAUUUUCAUCCCACAGCGCUCAACUCCGCCUGUGGACGUCGAGGGUGUCAGGAGCGGAUCUGCAAGGGCUGUCUAUCGCACUGGUAUGGCCUCAAUACAGCUGGUAGAAUGAUUAACACGGCCGCCCUCGCAUGUCCAUUUUGUCGACGGUUUCCCUCCGCCAAGACACUGGCUAAGCAUGGAAUGGGGAUUCAUGCCGUCAGAAAUCUUCAAGCUGCAAUCCAGGAUCGUGGAACGUGGAUCUACGCCUGGUGCCGGGCUUGUGCUACAGCGAAACCAUACCUAGAACGAGUUUGUGUCCAGGGAAUGCCAACAGAGGUCACUAACUGGCGCUGCGAAGACUGCUGUGUGCCGCAAACUACUCGAGUCAGACCAUGUCCAGGGUGUGGAGUCAUGACGGAAAAGAUCAGUGGAUGCGGUCACAUCAAGUGUGAAGUGGAAGAUUGCCUCACGCAUUGGUGUUACUUCUGCGGUGACAAAUUCGAGGAAGAUGCCAUCUACACUCAUAUGAAUGAAGCACACGGCACAAUAUAUGAUCAGGAAGAUGAGCUUUAUUCUGACGUUGACGACUAG